AGAGAAUUCCGGAAAAAUUAUUAAUGACUAUGAGUUCGUUUCUGAUGAACCCCGUCUCGGGUUAUCAGCAGCCGCAGCACAUUUCGGCUGGGGUCGUGGUGGAUCCUAAGUUUCCCCCAAGUGAAGAAUAUAGUCAAAGCAGUUACAUACCGUCAUCUACGGACAAUUUUUUCGGAAACCACCAUUUAAAUCAACCUCAGCACCAUUUGCAAUACGGCUACCACAACCAUCAUCAAGCAGGUACUUAUGGAUCGGCCGGCGUCCCAUUAUCUAACUCGGGUUAUGGCGGUUACGGAAAUUAUUACCAUCACCAACUCCAUCACGCGGCAGCGCCAAUUCAUCAAAUUCGCCCUCCGGUUCAACCAAUACACGACUCUCAAAGUCAGCUGCUCAAUUGUGGUUCCCUGCCAACAAAUCAUCCGCAACCGCCAACGACAAGUUCCUCUAAUCUUCUUCAAAAUCUGGGGGAUAUGUCGCCCAACGUUUCCCAACCUAGUGACGUGAACUCUAGUGUAUGUAGUCCAGCUUCUGUUGGACAUGGACAAGAGUCAAGAUCGCCGCCUGGUGCACACUCCUUGCAGGAAUUGGGUCUGAGGUUGGAAGAUAAUGCGUCCGAUGAACAAGAUGAACUUGAUGAUGGUCAAGGCAGUUCCACUAACAACGACGAAGACGAUGACGACGACGAAAAUGGAGACCGCCAGAUCUACCCAUGGAUGCGCAAGGUGCAUGUGGCUGGAGCUUUUGCAAACGCGAAUGAAAUUUCAGCUAAUGGCACAAAUGGCAGUUUUGCGCCUGGCAUGGAACCCAAACGACAAAGGACGGCCUACACCCGGCAUCAAAUUCUCGAAUUGGAAAAGGAGUUCCACUACAACCGUUACCUGACUAGAAGAAGACGUAUAGAAAUUGCCCAUACCCUUGUCCUUAGCGAGAGACAAAUCAAAAUUUGGUUCCAAAACAGACGUAUGAAGUGGAAGAAAGAUAACAAAUUACCGAACACGAAAAACGUGCGUCGAAAAACAAACCCAGCCGGCGUCACGACUACCACGGCGACGCCCGGAACUCCGGCAAACGGAAAAUCGUCAGCAGGCAGCGGGGGCGGCAAGGGCCGGGGCGCGGGGAAAGCGCAAAAUGGUCCCGCCUCCUCAAACAACAACGAUAAGAGGAAGAACAAUAAUACACGAGAGUUGGACGGUUUGGACCAGAACAUGUUAGACAUGUCUCUAACUGGGGCUCACCAACUACCAACAACUAUCUCCGGUCAUUCCCAUGCUCACCCGAUGUCAGUAAGUAACCUUCACCACGCAAACACCAUGCUACAUGGAGACCCAUCGAUGACCCAUAUAGGUGCCGCGAUGACUGGUCCACCGAUGACACCAUUAGCACCAUCUCCGGGCUGUGGUCCUAUACAGGGUGCUCCACAGCCUGUUAUUAAAUCGGACUACGGUUUAACGGCACUGUAAUAUAAAAGGUGGCGAUAGACAUAGAUUCGUUUAGCGGUUAGAUAAAAGGUAUGGUUGGGAGUUGGUUGUGUAGUGUAAAUAUUAAAUACUUUUUGAGUUAAAGGAUAUUUUGGUUAUAUCAAAGGAAUCAUUCAAGAUAUUAGUAGCUAGUUUCAGCACUUAAACUUGGCCUGAUUAUUGCAGUCAGAUGGAUUCAUUUGAUCUUUACAAGUGGAAAAUAACUGUUUAUUAAUUAUUUGUACAUAAUGUAUCUAUAAAUAUGGAAUAUGUCGUCCAUCACACCUACUUAUUUUACUGUAAAUAAAAACACCGACAAUAUAAGCGCGUUUUUUGUUGUAUAUAAUAAUCGUAAUAUAAGUGUUGUGACAUGACAAUGAAAAUUGUAAAUGGGCAAAGAGCAUUUCCAUUUGGAAAUCGUAUUUAUAAUGAUUUUAUUUCCACCUGCAUUUUCACACUUCUUCGCAUUUUAUCAAAAAAUCUGGUUUGCCAAUUUUUCAAAUCACCCGAUAUAGUGAAUGACACAACCUCCGUACGCAAACCAAAAAUGUUUAGUUGUACCCAUUUUCUUUAAAAUUGCAUAGUGCUGUAGCAAAAUAUCUAUUCGGUGUAAAUAGUACGAAAUUUUUUUAAUUGUGUAAAUAAUUUUGACAUCUCGCGUUAAAUAAAUUGCAUUAUUUUAUCUAGUCGGUGGAAAUUCGGGAAUAGAUAAUGAAUCUAUUCAUUUUCCGAUGAACUUUUAUUUAUGACCAAACAAACGACGAUGUUUUGGUUUACAAAUAAUUUUGUGCCAUUUUUUGUUGUUAAUUCGAUAAAUAUUUUUAAAUAAAAUGUGCAUGAUGCGUUUCUAGGAAUUAAUCGGUAAUCUUUUGUUUUUUUUUUGUUGGCGAAAAGUAUCGUUUAUCCACCGCGAACGCGUUUCUAUGUCAUGUGGAUAACCCUGAAAAUAUUUAAUAAAUGAAUGUAUUUACCUGCAACGGUAUUGCAAAAUAAUCAAUACCACAUUUUAAGUUUCAAUAGUUAUUUUUUCCGUAAUGUGUUUUCGCGUCCGUUGCUGAUUUUUUUUAAUAUUGUUAAUAAAAGGAUGACGAACCCA